UUCUAAACGACGUCAUCAUUGCGCUCCCCAAGUGUGGCUGACAAGUGAAAAGCCACACGCUUUACAGGUGAAUUUAAUGCUGUUGGCACAAUCUUCGCCUAUUUGAUCCCAUAAGAUGUCUUCACUCCUCAAGGUGGACAAUGAAAUCAAAACCAAGGUUGAUGCUUUUAGGGAACGAAUCACUUCAGAAGCAGAGAACCUCGUUGCUAGUUUUUUCCCAAAGAAGUUACUGGAACUCGAUCACUUCCUUAAGGAUCCAAUCAUAAACAUCAGUGACCUGAAGGAGAUCCACUCUGACAUCAAUCUCACGGUGCCAGACCCCAUCCUGCUCCCAAACCUGCAUGACGGACUUGAAGCGCAAAAUGCAAAGAAGAGAAAGCUGGAGGAUGGAGGGGAGGACAUGGUCACCGGCACCAAGGUCUUCGUCAUGCCUGGCGGGAUGAUGAAGAGCAAUGGGAAUCUUGUCGAUCUCAUUGAAAAGGUCAAACCAGAGAUCAGGACGCUCAUAGAGAAAUGUAACACAGUCAAAAUGUGGGUUCAGCUGCUCAUCCCACGGAUAGAAGAUGGCAACAACUUCGGAGUGUCCAUCCAGGAGGAGACAGUAGCUGAGCUCAGAACAGUGGAAGGGGAGGCGGCAUCCUACCUCGAUCAGAUUUCAAGAUACUACAUCACAAGGGCAAAGCUGGUUUCUAAAAUAGCUAAAUAUCCACAUGUGGAGGACUAUCGGCGUACAGUAACCGAGAUUGAUGAGAAGGAAUACAUCAGUCUGAAGAUCAUAGUUUCGGAGCUUCGAAAUCAAUACGUUACGUUACACGACAUGAUCCUGAAGAACAUCGAGAAGAUCAAGAAGCCUCGAAGCAGUAAUGCCGACGCCUUGUACUGAUGUUCAUCCAGCCAUCUCAAGUCUUCGCCUCCCAUUUCCAGCCCUCGUUCCUCCAUCGCCGCCACGCCAUGUCGAGCUGCAGACGCCCGGCCCCGGUCCACUCUGGACUACAUCGAGACAUUCACACAUUUCAGUACAAUCAACUCAGCCCAGUACAGAAACAUAGCUUCCAUAGACGGACACGACGCACACCUUUUUGUUUUAAUUGUAAAAUAUUUGUCUUGUUUUAAAUCCUUUGAAGACAUAAAAUAUUCUCUCAGAGAGUGGGGAGAUAGUUCACAGACAACAUGAAGCGCUAUGUAUUUUUUAAUUUUAAUUAAACAUUUUGUCCUCA